GGGGGCAGGAGGGGGUGGCGUCCCCGGCCGGUUUGAGGGGUGCGUUGCCCGGAGACGGAAAGUUUGGGAGCCGCAGCAGCCUCUGCGUGGCCCCCGGUGGGGGUCCGAGGAGUGGCGGUCCUGGGGAUGGGGAAGGAGCAGGAAUUGCUGGAGGCGGCCCGCACCGGGCACCUCCCGGCCGUGGAGAAGCUGCUGUCCGGGAAGCGGCUCUCCUCCGGCUUCGGCGGCGGCGGCGGCUCCGGCGGCGGCGGGGGCGGCUCCGGGGGCGGCGGCCUCGGCUCUUCCAGCCACCCGCUUUCCAGUCUGCUGAGCAUGUGGAGAGGGCCGAAUGUGAACUGUGUAGAUAGCACGGGCUAUACUCCACUACACCACGCUGCUUUGAAUGGCCACAGGGAUGUGGUUGAGGUUCUCCUGAGGAACGACGCGCUGACCAAUGUUGCUGACUCAAAAGGCUGCUACCCGCUGCACUUGGCAGCGUGGAAAGGAGACGCCCAGAUAGUGCGCUUGCUCAUCCACCAAGGGCCCUCACACACCAGAGUCAACGAACAGAAUGCUCUUGAAAUCAAAGAACUCAAAAAGUACGGCCCCUUUGACCCUUAUAUCAAUGCCAAGAACAAUGACAAUGAGACUGCCCUGCAUUGUGCAGCCCAGUACGGCCACACGGAGGUAGUGAAGGCUUUGUUGGAGGAGCUCACAGACCCCACCAUGCGCAACAACAAAUUCGAAACACCUCUGGAUUUGGCAGCGCUCUACGGGCGGCUGGAGGUGGUGAAGAUGCUGCUGAGUGCACACCCCAACCUCCUGAGCUGCAGCACUAGGAAGCACACCCCCUUACACUUGGCAGCAAGGAAUGGCCACAAGGCUGUGGUGCAGGUCCUGCUGGACGCCGGCAUGGAUAGCAACUACCAGACGGAGAUGGGCAGCGCUUUGCAUGAGGCUGCUUUGUUUGGCAAGACCGAUGUGGUGCAAAUUCUGCUGGCUGCAGGAAUCGAUGUUAACAUAAAGGACAACCGUGGGCUGACUGCCCUCGACACUGUGCGGGACCUGCCUUCUCAGAAGAGCCAGCAGAUAGCAGCACUGAUAGAAGAUCACAUGACUGGAAAAAGAAGUGUGAAAGAAGUAGAUAAGACCUCCACAGCUCAGCUACCUCUCCUCUCAGGCACAGAUGCCGUAGCACCAAAGUCUCAGGGUGAGGUGUUUCUUCACAGCCAGGAAAGAGGGAAUGUGGAGAAAGCAGUAACUGAACUGAUCAUUGAUUUUGAUACACAUGCUGAGGAGGAAGGUCCCUACGAGGCACUGUACAAUGCUGUGUCCUGCCACUCCUUGGACAGCACAGCCAGUGGGCGAUCAUCAGACCGAGAUUCCGUGAACAAGGAGGCUGAAGCCACGGGAGCAAGAACUGCUGGAGUGAGGCCUAGAGAACGUCCGCCGCCUCCAGCAAAGCCUCCACCUGAUGAAGAGGAGGAAGAGCACAUAGAUAAGAAGUAUUUGCCCUUGGCAGCCUCUGAGGGCCUGGCUGUAAGACCCAGGAUUCAAAGCAGUGUCCCCCGGGAAGAGGACGAACACCCCUAUGAGCUGCUACUCACAGCAGAGACCAAGAAGCCAGGGGCCACAGAUGGAAGAACGAAAGACCACAGGCGGAGCAGCAUCAGCCGGAGCCAGGACUCUGUGGAGGGGCAGGACGGGCAGGUCCCGGAGCAGUUCUCAGGUCUCCUCCACGGCUCCUCCCCAGUGUGUGAGGUGGGGCAGGACCCUUUCCAGCUGCUUACUGCCCCCAGCCAGAACCACCCAGAGUCCCCCCAGCAGGACGCCUACCACGAGGCCAGCAUGCAGCUAGAAGAGCCGGGUGUGCAAGGCACUGGAAAUACACAGCCCAGUGUCCUGGACCAAAGCAAGCGAGUGGGCUUCCCAGCAGGCCUGACUGCCCCAGCCAGUGGAGCACACCUCCAAACUUUGACUCACACAGUACCUCUGCACCCUGCUGGUGCUGAGGAGGACGACGACAAGAGCAUAGCCAGAAGCCGGGCCCCUCCCACCAGCAAGCCCAAAGCUGAGCUCAAACUCAGCCGCAGUUUGUCUAAGUCUGACUCUGACCUCCUGACCUGCUCCCCCACGGAGGACACUACGAUGGGGAGUCGCAGCGAGUCUCUGUCCAACUGCAGCAUCGGGAAGAAGAGGCUGGAGAAGUCACCUUCAUUUGCCUCUGAGUGGGAUGAGAUUGAGAAAAUCAUGAGCUCGAUUGGAGAAGGCAUUGACUUUUCUCAGGAACAGCAGAAGAUCUCAGGUUCUCGGACGCUGGAGCAGAGCGUCGGGGAGUGGCUGGAGUCAAUCGGCUUGCAGCAGUAUGAGAGCAAGUUGCUGCUGAAUGGCUUUGAUGAUGUCCGCUUCCUGGGGUCGAAUGUGAUGGAAGACCAAGACCUAAGGGAGAUUGGUAUCAGUGACCCACAGCAUCGGCGGAAACUGCUGCAGGCUGCACGUUCCCUGCCCAAGGUGAAGGCUCUUGGCUAUGAUGGGGUCAGCCCCCCCUCGGUGCCCUCCUGGUUGGACUCACUGGGGCUGCAAGACUAUGUCCACUCCUUCUUGUCCAGUGGCUAUAGCUCCAUUGAUGUUGUGAAGAACCUCUGGGAGCUGGAGCUUGUCAAUGUCUUGAAGGUUCACCUGCUGGGCCACCGGAAGCGCAUCAUCGCCUCUCUUGCAGAAAGACCCUAUGAGGAGCCACCCCAGAAGCCCCCAAGGUUUUCCCAGCUAAGAUUUCUUGCCCAACAGUGCCAGGAUUUAAUCUCCCAGACAUCGUCCCCGCUGAGCCAGAAUGAUUCCUGUACAGGGAGAUCGGCAGACCUGUUGCUGCCCUCAGUAGAAACGAGCAGGAGGCGUCAUGACAGCCCAUAUGACCCUGGGGCAGCCUGUCGAGCAGAGCGCUUCAGAGUCCAGGAGGAGCCCAGCGAGACCAAGCUGACCCUCCGCCCACCCAGCCUGGCUGCCCCCUACGCUUCUGUGCAGAGCUGGCAGCACCAGCCAGAAAAACUCAUCUUUGAAUCCUGUGGUUAUGAGGCCAAUUAUCUGGGCUCCAUGCUGAUCAAAGAUCUUCGAGGGACAGAAUCCACACAAGAUGCCUGUGCCAAAAUGCGGAAAUCUACCGAGCACAUGAAGAAGGUUCCCACCAUCAUCCUGUCCAUCACGUACAAAGGGGUCAAGUUCAUCGAUGCUUCCAACAAGAAUGUCAUUGCUGAGCAUGAGAUCCGGAACAUUUCUUGCGCUGCGCAGGACCCAGAGGACCUGUGUACCUUCGCUUACAUCACCAAGGACCUGCAGACUAACCACCACUACUGCCACGUUUUCAGCACUGUGGAUGUGAACCUCACCUAUGAGAUUAUCCUGACCCUGGGGCAGGCAUUUGAGGUGGCCUAUCAGCUGGCCCUUCAGGCCCAGAAAUCGAGGACCAUGGGGGCCUCUGCAGCAGCGAUGAUUGAGACAAAAUCUUCCAAACCGGUGCCUAAGCCUCGGGUCGGCGUGAGGAAGUCUGCAGUGCCGAUGCCCCCCGAUAUUCGCUGUUGUCACUGUUACUCCUGCACCACCCACCGUCCUUCCUACCUUCCGCUGCCGUCUCUUAGUCCCGGAGUCAAGCUGGAACCACCUGAUUCGGACCAAGAGGCCCCAUCCCACGCUAGUGUUUCCUGGAUUGUGGACCCAAAGCCGGACUCUAAGCGGAGCCUCAGCACCAACUGAGCCACUGAGGAGCCACACUGUGCUGCGGAGACACAUGUGGGGAGCACAGGCUCCUGCCCCCCCAGCACCGAGAGCCUCGCCUGCAUCUCUGAAGACCCAGGCCCCACCCUGCCCAUAGGACCUCCUUUCAGCUGCUUGGCUUGGGCCUGCCACCACCUACAGAACAAACCCUGCCGUGGAGGCAGAGAAGACGCCAGGCAUGUAGCCGAGAGGACCAUAACUCUGCGUGGCCUAAGAGUGGCCCUGUCCAGGACAUGUUUUUAAUAGGAAAAUAUUUUUUUUUUUUUUUAUCAAUUUUUAACACUUGGCUCCAGCUUCUGGGUAAAGCUGCCUGCCAAUCAAGGACACGGUAACAGACUGGAAGAAACCUCAUCCUUACAGCCCUCUACCUUCAGAGGGGGUGGCUUGAGGCAUAGUUGAGACUUCAGUCUUUUUGUGUCUAGCUACUAGUCUAGAGCUGGACUGUGGUGAUGACACUUGAAUCAGAGCAGAAGUUUCCGAGGCUCCAAAUGGGGAUAGCAAGUAGUUUGUGGUGUGGGGAACUCCUUGGUACUAUCUAGGUUAGUACUGCCCAAGGCGGCUGUCCCGUGUUGGUGUCAGGCUACAGCAGCCAUAUCAGAAGGGAGAAGUGGCUUUAUUUGGGGCAUUAGUGGGAAUGUCAGCUAAGAUUGCAGCUUGCCAGCUUGGGACUUGUCUGGUCUGGCCUCAUUCUGGUUUUUGUUGGCUGUUGUAUCAUCUGUUGCUGGACACAGCUGUCCCAGAUGUGGAAAAGGCUAGGUCAGGUGACAGUCCUCAGGACAAGCUGGUGUCCCUUAAACUCUUUUGCUAGCUUACUUUGCUUUUUAAGGUGAUGGGUGGUGGUCAUCCUCCUGGGCUUGAGGAACAGAGUGCUGGGGGACAGGGACCCAGCCAGGACAGUCAUUCACUGGCGUUUCUGGAGUAGGGAGCAAAAAGGAGCAGCACUGAGCCCUUGGGGGCAGGCUUCAGGCUUUCCUGUCUGCACCCACUCUGGUCCUGGGGACAGGAAGCCAGACUUAAAGCAGUCUGAACUGCAGUUCUGGGCAUGUGCAAGCCCAGAGAUCUUCUGGCUGGUCAGUUGGGAGCAGGCUUUGCCUUUGCUGAACCUGGGGGCUGCCCCACUGCUGUGUACUUAGCACAGCAGGUGCUAGGGUACAGCUCUGGGAAGAAGCCAGUGUCCCCCAAUGCUAGGUACUGGUGACAGAUCUUCCUUUCCCAGCCUCAUACAUUGAGCCCUGGAGAGCUCCCCUCAGCUCUCACCUUGUGAGAUUCCAGGGAGCCCCUUCCUGCUCCCAGAGAUGAUCAGUGGGCUCUGUGGUGGGCGCAGAGCCUGGGGACACUGUAGACACUACGAUGAGUUCAAGCUGCAUUUUGCUCUAAAAUCACAGGCAGACACUUCCUCCCUUUGACGCUGCUAUGUCUUAUUUAUUCAGGGUGUUUCUAUCAGAUAGUCUUCGGCUUGUCUGCUCUGGGUCUCCUUUCAAGAUUGGUUUCUGAAUAUUCCAGAAAUUCCUCCUCUUCUCCUCCGAGUGGGUCUCUCCCUUUUAGGACAGGUGCCAAGUGGAAGGGUCUGCCUUUCGCACUCGUGAGAGUCAUAUCCUGUGACAAAAUCAAGGCUGUGCAUCAACUGUGAAGGAGAGCCAUUCCAGUAAGUGGUGGAAUGGGCCCAGUGCCCUCACCACAGUGGCCAGUCACAGGCUCCCUUGUCUGCCUUUUGGCUAGCCAGCCACCCUAAGCAGGAGGUUCACUUCAGCAGGCUCUGCACCCCGACAGGGUACUCCAGGCUCUGCCUCAGAGGUUGCCUAUAGGGAGUUCUCAGAAGCCUAGCUAGGGUUGAGCGUUCAGAACAUGUGGCUGCAAUUGUCGAGAUGUUUCACAGUCAGCUUGUGAGGUGCUGGGGUCUGUACUUCAGGUCACGGAGUUGUUGCUCAUGGCGGACAGUGGGACUGGAUUGUAAGAAAAAUGUUAUUUAAUCUUUGUUUCCGUAUUUUGAUACUUGAAUGACUUCCCUUUUGUUUUACUGUACAUAAAAUUGUAACCUGUCUGAUUUUGUUUGAAUUAUAAACACCUUGUGGUACCAAACGUAACCAACCUGUGCAGCAGCAUAGACUGACCUCACUACAGAGUGUGUGCAUAUCCUGGGCUUCCAGCUCUGUUUGUUAUUUUUGUAGCUGUGCAGCUUAGGACAGACUGAGCUAAUAAAGGAGAGCAGUGGAAUCCA